AUGGAAACGAAUCGGAAUAUCAAGGUACUCGUUACCGGAGCAUCAGGCUUUAUUGGAAUACAUUGUGUUCACCAGCUUCUAAAGGAAAAUUACACUGUACGUGGCACCGUGCGUGAUCUCAAUAGUCACUUCAAAAUUGAUCCAUUGAAACAGCUAGAAGGAGCAGCUGAACGUCUAGAACUGGUCGAAGCUAACCUGGAGAGCGAUCAAGGAUGGCCUCGAGCGAUAGCUGGUUGUACUUACGUUUUACAUGUAGCGAGUCCUUUUCCAAUCGUCACUGAUGAAUCAGUUAUUUCAACUGCAGUAGAUGGUACUCUGCGAGUAUUACGAGCUGUCGCAAAAUCAUCCGUGAAAAAAGUUGUUCUUACCAGUUCUUGCGCUGCCAUCAAUGAAGGUCACUCAGAUAUGACGCGAACAUUUACCGAAAGCGAUUGGAGCAAUACCGAUUCGACAAAUGUGAAUAAUUAUGUGAAAAGUAAAACACUUGCCGAGAAAGCUGCGUGGAAUUUCAUCCAUAAGGAAGACGUUAAAUUCAAACUGACUGUAAUCAAUCCGGCUCUUGUUGUUGGACCUCUCCUUCAUAAUGUACAGGGAACGAGUAUCAAUAUAAUACGUCGUUUCUUGAAUAAUGAAAUUCCCGCAGUGCCAAGAGUUCAGUUCGGUUUAGUAGACGUACGUGACGUAGCGCAAGCACAUAUUCGUGCCAUGCGAGAACCUCGUAGCGAUGGAUUACGAAUUCUAAUAAGUUACCAACCAAGCUUCUGGUUUAUGGACAUUGCCAAUGUUCUCCAUGAAGAAUUCUCAUCGCAAGGUUAUAAUAUCCCAAAAAUUACGGUACCAUACCCGGUAGCAUGGCUUUAUUCAUUGUUCAGCAAGGAAGCAAAGCAGCAAAUACUGAAUCGUUUUGGUAAUGAGGUGCACUUCGAUAACUCUCUCGCAAAAGAUAUUCUUGGAAUAGAAUUUAUAGACCCUAAAGAAUCGAUCAUUGUCAUGGCAUACGAUAUCAUCGAACGUGGUAUGGCACCAAAACGAAAAAAUUAUCACGGGCCCCCUGAAAAAAUUUCUUAA